AUGCUGCGCUCGGAAUGUGGUUCGUGGACAUAUCAGAGUGAUGUAGUCAAUUUUCUCGUGGAAAAAGAGGAAAUCGACCUCGGCGAUUUUUACGAUAAUCAGGAAUGGCUGUUAAUGGAUGCUCGUCUACGAAACGGAACCACUAGAUCCAUGGAAGAUGCGCACGAGAGCGUUUCUAUGGUAUCCAUGAAGCUGAUUCUUAAACGCCAAAGCUUCUACUAUGUGUUCAACCUCGUUUUUCCCACGACAUUGGUUUCGUUGGUGGCAGUGAUCGGAUUCCAUGCCCCCAUUAACGCAACCGGAAGAAGGGAAAGCAAAUUUAGACUAGGAAUAAUGACGCUCCUCUCGAUGUCAGUAAUGCUUUUAAUGUUAGUGGGUGAGAUGAAGUUCGCAAUGGAAAGCGUCCCGGGGAAACGAGGUUCAUUCAGUGAUGUACCGUUGUUAGGAAUCUACUAUAUGAGUUUAAUCUUUAUCAUUAGUAUUGCCACAUGCACAUCUUGUAUAUUUGUGCAUUUGGAGAAAUAUGCACUUCGUAAUCCUACAUGGCAGGCUGUACCGUGGUACCUGCAAUGGCUGGCAGCGAAGAAACUUUUCUGUUGUUAUGUUCCAAAAGCUUUUCGCUACGAUAAGAACGAUGUGGUACGAAACAACAACAUUCAGGCGAUAUCCGUACAAUCCAGUCCUGAACAUGCGUUGAUGAAAAAUUUGAUACCCAACGAGGUGAAUUUCACAGAAGUUAACACGGACGCACCGCUACAUGGUGAAGUACUACUUGAAGCUCAUCCAGGUGCUAGCGGAAAAGUGGACGUGAUCAUUGCACUUCUGCGUGAGGUGAUCUCUGUCAAACAAACUCAUCAUCGUAAUCAACAGUUACGUUCAUUCUGGGAGAGGAUCAUUAAACGUCUUGAGACCGUCUCACUUUACGGUUAUCUCUCGCUUAUCGCCAUCAACUUCACCAUGUUUAUUUAUCCGGAAGUUUGGGCAUAUAAACUGUUUAUUAUGGUGUUACGUAGGAUCGAGAACAGUCCUUUCUACCUCAAAAUCGACGGUAAAUGGGUCUAUGUGAACGAGGACGUGCUCAAAAAUCAUCCUGGAGGAAGUGCAAUCACAACUUAUAGGAACAAGGAUGCCACCACAGUAUUCCAUACUUUCCAUGCACAAUCGAAGCAAGCAUACAAAUGGUUACAGGAGCUCAAGUCACAAUGCCCUACACAAGAUCCGAAAAUAGUCGAGGAAAAGGAAGAGAUGCUUCCGGGAUACGAGGAUGUAAACAUGGGAUCGUUCGAUAUCACUGAGGAACGUAGUGUAGCCAUCUCGAAAAAUUUCGACCAACUUCGAAUGCGAGUUCGUCGAGAAGGACAUAUGGAUGGUAGCAUACUAUUCUACCUCAGAAAAGUGGCAGAAUCGCUUGCAAUUAUCGCUUUGGCAGUUUCUCUACAGAUGAGGGGUUGGUAUAUCGUUUCUGCUGUGCUUAUGGGUCUUGCUUGGCAACAACUAGGAUGGCUUGUACACGAAUUCGCACAUAAUCAACUAUUCAAAGAUCAUUGGCACAACGAUAUCGCCAGCUACUUCGUAGGCAACUUUCUGCAAGGAUUCUCUUCGGGAGGAUGGAAGGAGCAGCACAAUAUUCAUCAUGCUGCCACUAAUGUCGUCGGAAGGGAUGGAGAUCUCGACUUGAUGCCUUUUUGGGCUACCGUUGUACAAGACCUUAAGAUGGCCGACAAUUGGUGGCUGUCCAUUCUACCGUAUCAACACAUCUACUGGUCGUUUAUGCUACCGUUCCUACGAAUCAGUUGGUUACUGCAAUCGAUCGUAUUCGUACAUGGAAUGCCACAACAUUACUACAAAUACUACAGAGAUCGAGCCACUUAUGAGCAGGUUGCUCUAGUCCUACAUUGGGUACUAGUGAUGACACAAUUGUACCUUUUACCCACGAUGCAGAUCAGGUUGAUGUUUUUCAUCGUUUCUCAACUAACGGGAGGAUUUUUGCUUGCGCAUGUCGUCACGUACAACCAUUAUUCCGUCGAGAAAUUCCCAUACACUUCAAAAAUCAUGUCAAACUACGCAUGCCUUCAAUUGUACACAACACGCAACAUGCGACCCGGUAUAUUUAUUGAUUGGCUAUGGGGAGGUCUUAAUUACCAAAUUGAACAUCAUCUUUUCCCCACUAUGCCACGACAUAAUCUUAGCAAGGUGAUGCCAAUGGUGAAACAAUUCUGUGCAGAUAACGAUCUCCCGUACAUGGUUGACGAUUACCUCACUGGUUGGAAGGAGGAAAUACAACAAUUCGCGAACGUCGCCAGGAUAGCAUCAAAAAUGAAGAGCAAAAUUUUCUGA